GAAUCGGAAUCACCAACCCUAAAAGGCGUUUCGUUUACUCUCAGGCCGGGUGAACUGUUGACUGUGAUUGGACCUGUGGGAGCAGGAAAGUCGUCACUGUUACGUGCUCUGCUGGGGGAGCUGCCCCGGAGCCAGGGGAAGGUCAGCGUGCAUGGAAGGAUCGCAUAUGUUUCUCAGCAGCCCUGGGUGUUUCCAGGAACUGUGAGAAGUAACAUUUUAUUUGGGAAGAAAUAUGAAGAAAAGCGAUAUGAAAAAGUAAUAAAGGCUUGUGCUUUGGAAGAGGAUUUCCAGAAUUUGAAGGAAAGAGAUCUAACUGUGACAGGAGAUGGAGGAACCCCGCUGAGUGAAGGACAGAAAGCCCGGGUCAGCCUUGCCAGAGCCAUGUAUCAGGACGCAGACAUCUACCUCCUGGAUGAUCCGCUCAGCGCAGUAGAUGCAGGAGUCAGCAGGCACUUAUUUGAACAGUGUGUUCGUCAGGCCUUGAAGGAGAAGAUCACAAUCUUAGUCACUCAUCAGUUGCAAUACCUAAAAGAUGCAAGUCAGAUUCUGAUAUUAAAAGAUGACAAAACGGUGGAAAGGAGGACUUACUCUGAGUUCCUGAAAUCUGGGAUAGAUAUUUUUUCCCUUUUUGACAAGGGAAAUAAGCAGCCCGAAUCAUCUCCAGUUCCAGGAACUCCUACUCUGACCUCCGAGUCUUUGGUUCAGUCUCUACCGUCUCCCAGACCCUCCUUAAAAGAUGCGGCUCCAGAAGACCAAGAUACUGAGAAUAUACAGGUUACACUACCUCUAGAGGACUAUUUGGAAGGAAAAGUUGGUUUUAAGACCUAUAAGAAUUACUUCACAGCCGGUGCUGCCUGGCCUGUCAUCACCUUCCUUAUUCUAGUAAACAUCACAGCUCAGGUUGCCUACGUCCUGCAGGACUGGUGGCUUGCAUUCUGGGCGAAUGUACAAGGUGACCUGUAUUCUGGGGCAUUAGUAAAAGAAGAUGUAGAUAUGAUACUCAUCCUGAACUGGUACUUAAGAGUUUAUUCAGGGUUAACUGUGUCUACCAUCCUUUUUGGCAUCACAAAGUCUCUGUUGAUAUUCUACAUCCUUGUUAAUUCUUCACAAACUUUGCACAAAAAAAUAUUGGAGUCCAUUUUGAGAGCUCCCGUAUUGUUCUUCAAUAGCAAUCCAAUAGGAAGAAUUUUAAAUCGUUUCUCCAAAGACAUUGGGCAUAUGGAUGACUUGCUGCCUUUGAUGUUUCAAGAUUUCAUCCAGGCUUUUUUACUUGUGAUCGGUGUAGUAGGCGUGAUGGUGGCAGUGAUUCCUUGGAUUGUAAUACCCGUGAUUCCCCUUGGCAUCACUUUCUUUUUUCUCCAGAGAUAUUUCUCAGCAACUUCACGAGAUGUUAAACGCCUGGAAUGUGCAACACGGAGCCCGGUAUUUUCACACUUAGCAUCUUCUCUCCGGGGACUCUGGACCAUCCGGGCAUACAAAGCUGAACAGAGUUUUCAGGAGCUGUUUGAUGCAUAUCAGGAUUUGCACUCAGAGGCUUGGUUCCUGCUUUUGACAAUGUCCCGAUGGCUCGCUGUGUAUCUAGAUGUCACCUGUGCAAUCUUCGUCACUGUUGUUGCCUUUGUGUCCCUGAUUCUUGCAGAUGCUUUGACUCCCGGGCAGGUUGGCCUGGUCCUGUCUCUUGCCCUCACACUCACAGGGAUGUUCCAGCGGUGCGUCAGGCAAAGGACCGAAGUUGAGAACCUGAUGAUUUCAGUAGAAAGAGUGAUGGAAUAUUUAGACCUUGAGAAAGAAGCUCCCUGGGAAUACAAGGAUCGUCCCCCGCCACCCUGGACUAAUGAAGGAAGGAUUUGGUUUCACACUGUUAACUUCAGGCACAACUUAGAUGGGCCUCUGGUACUGGAGAACCUGACCGCAGUCAUUGAAUCAGGAAAAAAGCUUGGGUCUCCCAACUCAGACCAGGAGAGAAGCUUGAAGAAGAGACUAAACCAGAACAGACAAAGUCGUAGGACGCUCUUCCCCACCUCCCUCGCCAUCCUUGGGUCCUAA